AUGGCGUCUGAGCCGAUCGAGACAGUCACAGUCACCACAACAAUCCGAUCCCUUGGAGAACCAACAAAUAGCCCAGAACCGCCAACAUUAUCUCCCGUUCCCUCGUUGACCCCGACAACACUCGCCACCUCGGUCCGGCAGACAAGCAGCACCGCCGACCCUACAGCUCUACCGGCAGACACGGACGGUCAAGGGAGUCCAACUAGCGGACCGCCGAUGGGAGCAAUAGCUGGUAUCAUCACGGUCAGGGCGGAGAGUGGUAGCGGAUGGCUUAACCCCCAAUCCGAGAAGGGCGCCGGGGACAGGAUCCCAAGGGCCUGCUCCCUGGGAGCCUCGGAGUAA